GCCUUUUCCAAGUGGCUGCCCAAGAGGUCCCACUGGGAUGUGGACAGAAAAUAGGAGAAACCUUAUUAUCUAGUCCUUUGCAAAUUUUAUGUAUGUCUCUGCUGUGGGGCUGUAUUUGCACAGUAAUGUAGUAUAUAAUUUAUAAGUGGAUGCUUAUAUUUACUUCAUGAGGGCACACUUCAAUUCUACUUUUCACUGAAGAGGGUAUGUCAUCAGAAACAUUUGGAGAGGAUUGUCCAGAGGUUAGACGUGAACCACGUGAAGUCUUUCUGGCUUCAUCGUCUAUCUUCCCCUCUGCUCCUCCCUUCCCAAUGCCUCCCCUGUGACAUCACUGCUCCACCAACACUCAACCCCCAGUUGUCGGACACGCCCUGCGCUUUCACGCCUGUGGCCCUGGCAGAGGCCCAUCCUUUCUUGAGCCCUGCAAAUUCAGAUGCCCCAGCUCCUCUCUAAAGCCUCCUCUGGUGCUCGCAACUCCCCAGCUGCUCUCUUGGCGCUGUUCAUUCCCUGAGUCUCUCUGUUGCGGUCACUUGUUUCACUCGACAGUGCGUCAGUCUAGACUAUAAGCCCUUUGAGGGCCAGGCCCAGGGCUUAGUCAUAUGUACAUCCAGAACAGACAGAAGUGGAUUCACCCUGCCAACCAGGGGACACCCCGGGCCCAGUGAGGUUAAUCGGUCUUCACAAGGUCGGGUCUACUGACCCCACUAAUCAGCUUGAGCCUCCUAAUCCAUCACCAGCAGAAACCUCAGGACGGCAGCAGCAGCUCAUGAGGGCUGGCAGGGGCCAUCUUGGCCUUCUUCUGCAGACUCGGGCUGGGAGGGGAUGGGGCAACUGAGCCAUGUGCACCACACUCUUCCUGCUCAGCACCUUGGCCAUGCUCUGGCGCCGCCGAUUUGCCAACCGGGUCCAACCAGAGCCCAGUGGAGUAGAUGGGGCAGUUACAGGCACCAGCAUGGAGACAGACUGCCAGUCCUCAGGCAGGGAAAAAGAGCCUCUGAAGUAAGCCCUCACCUCCUCAGGUGGGGCUCAGCCCCAGGGCCCGAGAUCAGCUGGCCAAGGCAGCUCAAGUCCUGGUUUGCCCGCUACCCCCAAAGGACGCUGUGGUGGAAGCAGCAGCUGCAGGAGGGAGGAUGGGGACAGGGACGGGGACAAGCAGCUGUCGAGAAGGUAGACUCCCCUUUGGGCCCUGGGACCUGCCGGGCUGCACUUCUGCUGAGGCCCUGGCUGGUGGGGGGGGCUCCUGGCUGGGCAGGUGGGAGAGGCCCAGGUGCUUGAGCUCUGGGACGGGCUCCCUUCCUCUGAGGAGGCCCAGAGAGGGGGUCUCCAUGGGGUCCCCUGUGUAACUCUGGGGUCACCCCAGCCGCCUAGGUUAGAGGCGGGAAGACUCGUGCUGAGGGGCAGCCCCAUUCACCCUUUACUCUGGCCCUCACGAUAACCCACAGGGGCUGGUGACGUUCUUACCCACAGUUUAGGCAUGCGGAAACACAGAGUCUAGGAAGUGGGGGACCCCUGGCUCAUAUGGAGGUGGCAGAGCCCCACACUCUUCACCCCCACAGCACCGCCCCCUCCCCAGCCACUGGGAAGCCUGCAGCCGCUCAGCGGAGGCGGUCUCACCGGCCUGCCUGCCUGUCUCCAGCAGCUCAGCUGGUCCAGGGCUGUGUGCUGUCGGCUGGUGAUGGUGGCUCUCACUUCCUAUGACAUUUGCCUCUCCCGGGCCCCAGAGCUCACCCUGUCCCUGGCUGCUCUACUGAAAUGAUCAGUAGGAAAUGCCAGUUGGGUCUGUGACAUGUCUGCCUGCAGCUGGAUGGAAGCCCACAGCGUGACCUCGGAGUGUGUUUUCUGGGUGUGUGUGAGUGUGCACACGUGCCUGUGUUCCAAAUGGGCAGUAGCAUGUGGGAAGGGAGAAAACAUGACACUUGUUUCUGUCAGUCUGCUGACUGCUCAGUAACGGUGGCGGUGGCCUCCCUCUGCCCCCAGCUGCUCCGCCAUUUCUCUCUCUUUACAAUCCUGCCCGAUCCUAGGCAGAGAUAAAAGCAGAUUUCCGCUUCUGCUCCCUGCGAUCCAGGCGCAGACCCUGCCGGCAGCUGCUGCUGGCUGCCUCGUGGCCAUUUAUGUUCUAAGCACCCCAGCCUCACCCCCACGUGCAUCUCUCCUCCCCAUCCAGCCCCGGCUGCCCCCGCAGUGGGGUGGGCCUCUGCCCCUCUGGCCCCGGUCCCUGACUUUCAGGCCAGAAGAGAUGGAGUUGUUCUCCAGACAGCAGGAAAGGGUGAGACGCAGCAGACUAGGGGAACCCACUCUGAGUGACAGGGAGGAGGAGGCACGGGCUGCCGGGGAGGGGCUGCUCAGACUGCAGGGAGUCUGGCAGUUCUGUGGGAGCCUCUAAAAGUAGGGCAGGGUGGAGGCAGGGGAAGGGUCGCACCAGGGGAAGGAGCUCUGUGCUGGAACCAAAUCAGAGCCGCACUGCCUACUUGACACAGGCCAUGAGUUCAUGACCACCUGUCUCAGCUCCCGUCAGCCUGCCUUUCUCCGGGGAGGCAUCAGCCUUCCUGAUGACAGGUCUCUCAGGCAGAGGGCCAGAGGGCACUGUUCCCGGGACCCAGUCUGUGUUCCCUGAUCCUAUCUUGCUUCCAUUCUCUAAUCCACUUGCCGUGUUCCUGUCACUUCAUCCUUGCUUCUGCUGUCUGCCAUUUCCAAGUUGCCUGUCUCCUUCCGCUGGUCUGAGGAACUGUCAGACCAAGGUCGCCGAGCUGCACUAGGGCUGGCUCACAGCCCAGACGCACAUCCACAAAGUGACACCCCUUUGUAGCCCAGUUCGAAGAGCCUGCCCAGGAGAUGAAGUCUCCUCUGGGGAUUGGUUCCAGAAGAAGGGAGGGAAAGUGAGAGGAAGGGGCUGCUGGAGGUGGGGGGAUGUGUCUGCCGGGCCCUGGCAGCUGGGGUGCCAUGUGGGCUGGGCGGGAGGGGCUCUCCCCACCAGGGAGCAGGCUGGCUCUGGUGGGAGCAGAUUGUGUUUACACCUUCCCCACACACCCGGCCCACGCUCGCCUCUUAUUCUCAGGGCUCUCCCACCCCUGGGCUCUCUGCACAGUCCGCACAUUUGCAGCUCCUACUGCAGAGUUGCCACCCUCGGCCUGGAGCUCCUCUACAGAAGGCUGCCCGGGACCGGGGCCCCGUCCUCGGUCCACUGUCUCCUGUCACAGCGUUUGGUGUGAAGCCCAUGGCGGGGGUGAACGCAAUGUUCCCAAGAGGCUGAGUCCUUCUCCCCUCCCAUGUCCUUGGAAAGAGCCGCUGCCUAGAAGUGGGAGCAGGAAGUUUAGGGGCUUGGUAGACUGGCCAUGGUAGGAGGGAAGGGAUUAAGGGCAACUCGAGAGACAGGGCUGAGGCGCAGAGCUGGGUCACUCCUGGUCCAGGGCGUGGGCUGUUAUGAAAUCAUGAUAAAGAGUCUAAGAGCAAGGAGUCCAGAGUGCUGGGUUUAAAUCUUGACUCUACUGCCACUUCCUACCUCUGUGGCCUUGGGUAGGUUACUGAACAUCUCUGGGCCUCAGUUUCCUCAUCUGUAAGAUGGAGAUAACAGUGAACCUAUCUCACAGCAUUGUUGUAGGGUUAAUGUUAGAUGCUGUGUGUAAAAUGCUUAGCACGUUUAGUAAGUGUUCAAUAUAUGUGAGCGAGUGUGAUUGUGUUUGCCAACUAUCAAUCACUGAACAAUUAGUAAUUUCUGAAUAGUUAGUAGGUUCAGAACAGCUAGCAUCCCUCACCUCCUCCCCAUGGCCCUUCCUGACCUGUCUUCCCAGGUACACCACAGCUGGGCAAUAGGCACUUCUGAAGCAAAUCAGAGGACAGCAGAGGGUGGAACUGCUGGGGAGAGGGCACACAGUAAGAUCCAGCACCCAGUAAUACUGGGCGAGAGCACAGUGCUGUUGCUUCUGGGUACCUAGAACCUUGUCCCAACCUCCGAGGGCGGAGGGUCUUGGCCUGGAAAGCUUCCCCCAGCUGGCUCUGCUUCUCUGAAUGAAUCUCAGCUCCCAGAGAAGACAGGAGGUGGCUGCCCUGAUGUUUUUCCAUUCUCCGUCUGAAUGCUAAUCUCUCUGCUGGUGGGAGCCUGAGUGACAGGGAAAAGGCUGCUCUGAGCUGCAGGGUGGCCGAGGGCAGCAGCCAGGAGCUGGGAGGUGCUGCCGUCUGCUACUUCUGUGGCUGAGGCUCAGGGCUGCUGCCAGUCUCUCCCGGAGCUUGGGACAUGACCAGAGAGCUAAUGAGCGGUGGGGAGGGGGAGCAAGGGAAGCAGCUGCAGCAGCUGCUGCCGCCUGCCAUCACCCCAGGGUGCAGAGGCGGCCAGAGAGAGUACCCGCCCAUCCCACAUGUGACCGAGUGUCUGCAGGAGGGACGGUCCUGGGUGGGCGGCACAGAGGAGAGGCCCAGGUCCAAGCCUGGGGAGGGGCGUGGAGCGCCUGAUCUGAGGCCGGCACAAUGGCACAAGAAUAGGGGACUCAACUGGUCCCGCUUGCUUCCAGGGCCCCUCUGCACGGGCCUCGCUGUUAAGAAAAGCCCAAGACCUUGAGCUGGAGGUAGUAAUGCUUCUCUGUGAGCCUCAAAAGAACAGCUAAGUGGCUCCUACCGACAUUUACUUUAUAUAGUGAUACAGAUACCACUAAUAUUAUUGAUGAUGGCCAAUAGGUCUCCAACACUUACUCUGUGCUAGGCACUGUGCCAAGAGCUUUGUUUCUGUUUUUCUUUUUUGAGUAAAGAUAGAUUUAUUUAGAGAGAUACAUACUGCAUUGAGUGUAAGGCAAGAGAAAGGCCAGGAAGUGUGGGAGUUGGGCACUCAGGUUAAAGUAAAAGUAGGUACACAAUCCACAGACAGCGUGCAGGCCGUCUCAGAAGAGGAGGGAGCGAAAAAGGGCCCAAGAGCUUUACUUAUGAGCAUUGUCUCAUUUAUGAAGCAGGAACUGCUGUUAACCUCAUUUACCCACUAAGGAAAGUGAAGUUCACAGAACUUGCUCUAGGUCACUCGCAGCUGGUAGCAAAGCCAGGACCUGCUCCCGGGCAACAUGAUGCCAAAGCCUGUGAGGCUGUCCUGGCAGGGAGGACCUACGUCUAGAUAAGGAGCUGGGAGCAAGUCGCAGUGUGACCAUCCUCCAGGCACAAGGAUGGAGAGCUGUAGCCCCACCCCGGAGGUGCCUUUGCAGGUGGCCAGGAACGGUUAGCCAGGGCUACUCACGUGCUCUCCUCAGGAACCCAAAGUUCUAUGGCAGACCAGACUCUCGGUCCCGAGAGGGCAGUCCUUGCCUGCCAGUUGAGGGGAGUGAGGAGAGCUGCCUCUCCAGGAUCUGUCAUCCCCUUCAGGGAGGAAGCAGUGGCCACUGGCAGGGAUGACAGUGAGGCCAUCACUCACAGCCACUGCCACUGCCACACUGCUGCCUCCUUCAACCAGAGCAGAGCCCCUGGGAGGGAAAGGACGGCAGCCAGCAGCCCAGCUGGAGGGGGAACUGGAGGAGCAGGCGCUCUUUGCUUGUUUUUGCAGGAGGGAGGGUGCAGGGCAUGGGGACCAAGGAGGUGGCUUCAAGAAGGAUACACUGACUUAAGCUGGAAACAAGUCCAGGCACCUAAGGACUACAGACCCUCUCUGUGGGAUACACAUGCCCCCUAGUGGGGACUAAAACGAGAGGGUGCCUGAGAAAAUUACGAGUGACUGAUGACUAUGACCUAUGAGCCUGGGUAGGAAUGGCCAGUCCCAUCUUAUGUGAACACACAUGCCUGUUUAAUAGCACAUGCAGAAGCCAGGUGAGCUAAGCAUUAAAAGAAAUUAUUUAAUUUAUUCACUUGCUCAUUUAUUCAACAAGCACCUAUAGGGAACCUACAACGUACUAAUCGCAGGUUAGGGGUUGGUGUUGAGAAAACGAUGAAAGAGACAGUGCCGGCCUUUCCAGUCAGUACAAGACACAGGUCUCGGGCCUGGAAGCCUGGUUCUGCCAGCUCAGCCACUGCCUGGUCACGUGACCUUUCCUUCUCUGGACCCCAGUUUCCCCAUGUAAUAGGCAUGUAUUGAACCCAGGUGGGCUGGUGCUGAGGACGUAAAGGACUAAUGACCAUCCUCAGGAAAAGACUGUCUACUAAAAUGAAGGGGAUGGGCCAGAUGACCUCUGGGGGACCCACAGACUCUCCCAAUCCAGAGAGACUAUGACAGACUGUGUCUGGAGGUGCUAACAAAGACUUACUCACUCAACAGACAUUUACAGAGUGUCUGUGCGCCAUGCAUUGUGGAUACAGAAAUUAAUUGACUUCCUGUCAUAAACAACCAGAAAACUGAGCAAAAUAUGAGAAACAGACACUUGACAACAGGUAGCACACAGGACAGUGACCUCAUGACUGCCUCAGAUAGUUCCCUACCUGUGGCGUGGGGAGGGAAAGCCACGCAGACCAUGGUGGUCUCACUGAGGUGAGGAGACGUGAUCAGAGUUCAAGACAGUGCAGCAUUCCUAAGGACAUACACACAGAUCAACGGGAUCGAAAGACAGACAUGACAAAGGUGAUUCAACAGAGAAAGGAAAGUCUUUUCAACAAAAUAUAGGAAGCAUGAACUAUAAAAGCAAAAUGGAUAAACUGGACUUCAUCAGAACCGGGAAUACUGGGAGAAAACAUCCCCCAAGCAAGUAUCUGAGAAAGAACAUGCAUCCAGAGAAAUAGAAAGAACUCUGACAACUCUGUAAGACGACAGGCCAAUAAAAUUGCAGGGUUCUAAUAGACAUUCACAAAAAAAGUACACAAAGGGCCAAUAAACACACAGAAAGAUGCUCAACAUCAUAGUCAACAGGAGAAUGCACAUUAAAACCACAUCGAGAUAUGAUCACACACCCACCAGAAUGGCUAAAAUUAAAGACUGACCAUAACAGACGUUGGCGAGAGUGUGGUGCAAGUACAACCCUGUGAGACUUUGCUGGGGGAGUGUAAGUGUCACCACCACUUGGGAAACCAGCCUGGCAGUUUCCCCUGAAGUUAUCCAAGAGGAAUGAAAACUUAUGUCCACAAAAGGAUUUGCACAAAAAUGUUCAUAGCAGCUUUAUUAAUCAUAGCUCCAAACCGGACACCCCCAAAUGUCCACCAACAUGCAAAUGGGUAAAAAUAUUGUGGCAUAUUCAUACAGUGGAAUAACAUUCAGUAAUUAAAAAGGAAACAAACUACUGAUGAAAGCCACAACACAGGUACUUGAGAGAAGCCAGACACAAAGGAGCACCUACUGUAUGACUCCAUCUACAUGAAAUUCCAGAACAGGCAAAACUAAUCUAUAGAU